CUCACAUAAAAUGACAGCCCCCAUGUGAAACACGUGAAUUUGUUUACAUUUUGUUUUUGGUAAACUAAAAGCAUGUCCUUAUUCCAUAUCAAUAGAUAUAUUGGUGUUGAUGAGGAUGAUGAUGUUAUCAAUGAAGAAUCUAGGGGAACAUCAGCCAAACAAAUACUAGAGAAAAUAAAAAAGGAUGCUGAAAAAAGAAAAAAUCAGAAAUCAACACCCAAUAAAAAACUCUCUGAUGCCACAAAUAAAAAAGCAGUGAAAAAGAAGACAAAAGAAGAACAUGUAUCUGACGAAUCUGAAACUGAUGAUUCAGCACAAUUAGAUUGCUUACAGCAGAGAUUACAAGAGGAUGAAAACAAAAGUAUUAAGUCAGGCAAAGGUCAAAAGAGAAAAACAGAAAGAGUUGAACAUGAAUCAUCUAGUCCCAAAAAGCAAAUGGGAAUUUCCACCAAGAAAAUUUCUAAAAAUAAAACUCACAAUGAAACAGGAGAAGAUAUUUUGACAAAGAAAUUAAAAUCGAAAACAAAAGAAAAAACAUUUGACCUUGAGGAAGAAGACUUAAAAAAUUUAUCAAUAUCAGAAGAUGAAAAUGAACUUAAGACUCCAAAUAAGAAAAAUAAAAUCCAAUCAAAUAUUACAUCAGAUGAGGAGGGAAGUCUCCAUGAUGAAUCUGUUGAGGUUGAUAAAAGUAUUACUGAAAGAAUGGAAGAAGACAGCUUUACUGAAAAGACUGUAUAUGGAGGUUUUCCUAAUGAAGUAGGAGGUUUUACUGUGAUUGGUGAAGUUAAAGGGAAAGGCCACAAACAGGUUAAAAGAGUUUUGCCAGAAUGGUUAGCAGAUCCUAGUAUUAUCACAUCUGACCUCAAAACCAAAACAUUGCCAGUAUCAUCUAUGUCUUCUUUAGAUCAAGAUUUGAGAGACUCAUUACAGAAAAAUGGAAUUACACAAUUUUUUCCUGUUCAGAUACAAGUUAUACCAAUGAUGUUAGAAUCUGUGAAGAUGGGUUUUCUGUAUGGUAAUGGAGGGUUUAGACCAAGUGAUAUUUGUGUGUCUGCACCAACAGGCAGUGGUAAAACUCUGGCUUUUGUAUUGCCAAUUAUACAGGCACUAAAGACAAGAGUGACAUGUCAAGUCAGAGCUCUUGUAGUUUUACCCGUUAGAGACUUGGCAGUACAAGUGUAUAAAGUCUUCAAAGCUUACAGUGAAAAUACACAGUUAAAGGUAGUGUUACUGGUAGGACAGAAACAGUUUCAUCAAGAACAACAAAGUCUUGUAAAGAAAAGAUCAUGGGGUUCUGAGAGCUUGGCAGAUAUAAUAAUAGCAACUCCAGGAAGACUUGUCGAUCAUAUAAACAGUACAGAAGGAUUUAAUCUUAAACAACUCAGGUUUUUGGUUAUAGAUGAAGCUGAUAAGAUGAUGGACCAUAUCAAACAGGACUGGUUAUCACAAGUAGAGAAUGCUGUACACUCUGAUGAAAGACUUUUGACAGGUGCUCUUACAGUGGCAAGUUGUAAAGGUCACAUGCCACUCCAGAAACUAUUGUUUUCAGCAACUCUUUCACAAAAUCCUGAUAAACUACAACAGCUAAACCUUUUUCAACCAAAGUUAUUUACUUCAGUAUCUAAGGGAAGUAAUAUACUGAAACCUGUGGAUAUGGUUAUGUCCCCUGAAAAGACUACAGAGAAAGAACAAGAAGAUACACUAACUGAAAUUAACAAUAGUAAAGAGGAAGGAAAGAGUGGAGAAUUCAUUGGAAAAUAUACCACUCCUGCUGGACUCACUGAAUUCUAUGUUGAAUGUGCUGCAGCACAGAAGCCAUUAGCUGUUCUCCAUUUUCUUCACAAUGUUAACUUUCGUAACAUUCUAUGUUUUACCAACUCAGUGGAAGCUACUCACAGGUUAUAUCAUCUUAUAAAGCUGGUUGGGGGUAUAGAAGUGCGAGAGUUUUCAUCAGGUCUACACACAGCUAAACGUAACAGAAUACUACAACAGUUCUCUAAAGGAAAGAUUGACAUUGUUAUUUGUUCUGAUGCGAUGGCCAGAGGUAUGGAUGUAGAGAAUGUAAAGUAUGUGAUAUCUUAUGAUCCUCCACCAUUUAUAAAGACGUACAUACACAGAGUGGGCAGAACAGCUAGAGCUGGAAAAGUUGGAACAGCUAUUACUAUGUUACAGAAAAAAGAGUUUUUCCACUUUAAAAAGAUGACAAGGGAAGCUGGUAAAACAGCUGUAAAGGAAUUAAAAGUAACCAAAGCAGAUUUACAACCAAUGGUGCCAGCAUUCCAACAGGCAUUAGAACAACUACAAGAGGUUUUACAGGUUGAAAAAAUAAAGAGAAAAUCCAAAGGAUGAAAGACUAAUGAUAGGAAGUAACAUGGGAGAUAAUUAACAUUAUUUGUGGCAUCGAGAAAAUUAAAAAUGCACAUCCAUUACAUUUUGCUUUAAAAUUACUAUUCAUCUGAAGAAUAAAUUAAUACCAGUACAUAAAUAACUGUUUGUUUAUUCAUUGUGAUGAACUAUUUAGUCUUUUGACUAAGAGAUUAACGCUAUAAUACAAUAUAUCCUGGGUGUGAAAGACCUGUUGCC